AUGUUGUAUUGCUGUGAGCCACUCAUUACAGCCACAGAGGUGACUCUCAAACCCCUCGAGAAGGCACACAACCAAGCAUUACGACUAAUUACUGGAGGGAUAAAAUCAACACCCAUUGAUGCAAUGCUCCAAGUUACAGGAAACACCACAAUAGGCUCCCUUAUCAAAGAGAAGGCCUUGAUCCUGUAUGAGAAACUACUGCGCAUUCCCAUGGACCAGUUCUUCAGCUCCUAUGAGAAUAGACCAAGACAUCUGAAAACGCAAUCUGGUCUAAUACAGAAAGCCAUAGAACUGAAGAAAGCGUUACAAAUCGAUGAUCAACCAAAAAGCCUCUCUCUCCCCAUGAACCCAUUAGCAGACAUUGAUGUAGUGUGUCGCACCCAACUGCUCGAUUUCUUCAGGAAAUCAAACACUCCUCCCGAGCAAAUGCGCUCACUGGCCCUUGAGACAAUCAAUGUCAACUAUCCUGCAGAUCAAUGGCUCCAAGUCUUCACUGAUGGGUCAUACACAGAAAACCAAGCAAACGUUGGUGCAGGUGUCUAUUCUGAACUCUUCUCUUUCUACGCAGCAGCGGGACAUAAUAGAUCCGCUUUUGAAGGAGAAAUAGAGGCCAUUAGGAUAGCACUACGCCAAUUAUGUUGCCUGGAUACGAAAUUCACCAAAGCGGUGAUACUUUCGGACUCACAGUCAUCAAGUAGUAAAAAACAACAGUUUAUUCCAAGCGUAUCACUGAAGCCAGCAACCACCUUAGCUAAAAUCCUAGGUGCUAUUUCUAUCGCCUUUAACUUUGGUCUUGUUGAGUCCAAUCUUUCUGUAUCUCAGCAAUAUAACCUUCGAAGUCACAUAAACGCUCUAGCCAGUAUUAUGAAUGAUCUUAAACAACGACACAGAACAGAACUUGCCAAGCGAACUUCUGAAGACAUGGCAAAGUCAAUUUCGCUAGCAGUACCACAAUUGGUCAUUGUUUCAGGGAAUCAAGUUAAGUGUAAAUUGAUCAAAGAAAUCGCAAUAUUUCAAACCACAGUGCAUGAAAAUCAUGAGGAAACCGAUGAAGCGAUUCUGGCUCCUGUUCGUGGCCAAAUAAUUCGUUCUUUGGAGUCCCUCUUUGUCUUUACACUUUAA